AGCAGAUUAUAUAUUCUAGCCAGGCUUGUUAGAUUUUCUGGAAAACCAGGCUUGUUUCAUUUUCAGAUGUGACAAGAUAUUUGCAAAUGGACAAAAUGAAUAAGUAUUUACACAUGUGCACAUUGUUCUAAUAUUGAAUAUUUACACAAAAUGGCCACCAGACGUAAAUCGAAAAAACAAAAUGAGGCGACAAAGAUCGAUGAAAAAGAACACGCAGAUCGUAUUGCCGCCGCGGAGGCAAUGUCAUGCUUAUCAUCUAUGGUUCUUUUGCCAUCAAAUUCAGACGAAUUAUUUUCUUUAAGUGUUGGGUCAAACGUAACUGUACCGAAAAGUACACCUGUUGGUACAAAAAACAAUGCUAAGUCAGCAACAAGUAACGCCAACAAAAAGGGAAAAACCAGAACCAGGGCGACCAAAAAUUCCCAGACUCCAUCAAGUAAAAAAGCCCAGACUGAAAAAGACAAAAAUGCAGCAUCAUCAAUAAAACAAAAACAGAAAUCACCAAAAUAUGCUUCCACUUUAGCCGUUUCAAGUAGUAAACAAACCAAGUUACCAGACCAGGUUUUAUCAUUGACAAUUAAUCCAAGAAACCCAAACCAUGAAAUGAAAAAGGUUGAAACCCCAAAAUUACACAAUAAAGAGCCAAAGAAAGUUGAAGAUCAAGUUGUACAGCAACCAGACUUGCCACCAUCAUAUAUUCAAAUUGAACCGUUAAUUGCACCGCAAUGUAUUAUACAAGUGGAUCACAACAAACCAGGCCAUGGACUUUACAACCUGUCUAGUAAUGACCUGAAUAAAAUAUUAGCUGGGAAAUUGCCAUUCCAAGUAAAAUCUGACGGUGUGGAUGGACAAACCAUAGUUACUAAGGAGAUUGCAUCUAAGCUUGUUAAUCUGGCUAGUACUGAAAGUGUUGAACUUUCUCAGUCAGCAGUUGAUUCAAUAUUAACUCAAAUGGCAUUGAAACAAAAACUUGCAGUGACUACUAAAGAGUCUUCAGAAUCAUCUUUGCCUUUAAAGAAGCGGAGGUUACAAGGUUAUAAAGAAGAAGGUGCACCACCUCCUGCAGAGGAAUUGUCAGUAGAACAAGAUCCUGCUAAGUUGGACGCUUCAGCUGUUCAGAAUGCUUAUGAACCAAAAGAAAGAGUGAACCCAGUAGCUGUAGAUCCAUCUACGAGUCUGAUGUUACUGAAUGAGAUGCAGGUAGCUCUACAACAAGAUGAUGAUGGGGAUUUACCACUACACAUUGCUGUUGUUCAUGAGAAUAUUGUUAUGGUCCAAAAGUUUGUACAUUUGAUGAGUAUAUCUGGUAAAAGUGUUGACAAAUUCAACAAAGCACAACAGACACCGUUGCACAUAGCAGUAGAGCUGAAAUUCAUACAGGCAGUCCAUACAUUGUUGCUAGCUGGUGCUAAUCCUAAUCUGGUAAAUAAGAAUGGAGAAACCUGCAUCCACAUAGCUGUCAAGUCAAACUCUGUUGACUGUCUUCAUCUCAUCUUUAAAUAUACAAUGAAACCAGACCUCAAUGCAAGAAACUUUGAUGGUCUGGCUCCAAUUCACAUAGCUGUAAUGAAGGACAAUAUGGAGAUUGUUCGGUUUCUCCUGGCCGAGAGAGCUGAUGUUAAUAUUCAGGAUGGUAAAAGUGGAAGAACUCCAUUAUUUUAUUCAGUUGAAGGUAACCUUAUACCCAUGGUUGAGUUGUUUCAGAAAGUUGGAGCCAAUUUAGAUCUUCCUAACUAUGCUAGUGUUACUGCUGUUAUGGCUGCACAAGCCAGAGGCUUCCAUGAAAUAGCUUCCAUGCUCCUGAGAUGUAUGGACUCCAAAGCUUAUCUGGAGAUGAAGGAGAGAGAAAAAGGAACACCUGUCAAAAAGGUUCCCAUUCCACGCAUUCCAAGUAAAUCCCAUCUGAUACAAGGUAUAGACAGUAAACCAAUGUUGGUAGAUUUCCAACAGUUAGCAAACUCAGAUUCUAAUGACUCAUCACAAUCUUUCUCAGUCAUGAGAAAACGAGCAAGAAGUACAGAUGGGAAAAAAGAAAAAGACUCUAAUAAACAAGAUACAGAGAGCAAAGGAGAGACAAUAGAAAUAGAAGAAAGGACGAAAACUGAGGAAGAUAUGAAACCUGUCGAAAAUGGCAUUCCCCAGGAAAAUAAACUAGAAGUGGCCAUACCACAACAGCAAAAUCAGGUUCUAAUUCCUAGGGAAUUGUUGGAGAAACUUCAAAGUACUAUGUUAUCUCUACUAACUAUGCAAAAAUUACAACAGGCUGCUGGCAUUGAUCCGAGUUCUCCCACCUCCUUACCAAGUGUAGGGAAUUUACCAGUACAAAAUGCUUUAUUGCAACGUGACUCUUUACAAAGUACAUUACUGCGGAAUGCAAUACAGAAUGCUAAUUCACAAGGUCCAAUGGUUCAGAGUUUUGCAUCUCCAAGUGUAUCCAAACAAAAUGGUGUACCACAAAAUGUGUCAGUUCCCAAUAGUACACCACAACGUGUAUCCAUUCCGAACAUUACGAAACAAAGUGUAUCAGGGCAGAAUAAUACAACACAGGGUGGUGUACCCUUGCAAAAUGUGACUGGCAUGAAUCUAUCCAGUAUUUUACUCAAUGCUAUAAGUGCUAAUAUUCUGAAUACCCAAAAUAAAACUUUGGAACCAAGUCCUGCUAAAAAUAACAUGAUAGAGAAUGACAAAUCGAAAACUAGCAUAGAUACAAAUAAUAGCAUGAUUGAAAAUGACAUGCCUAAAAAAGGUCCACUUGAUUUAAAAGUAGUUAAAAAUGGAGGUACCAAUGAGAGCAAAAAGGAUAGCGCUAAUUCUAAUAAAGGGAAUGAAAAGUCAAAGGAAAAGACUAAAACUAAGCAUGCUGUGUUACAGCAAUUACUGAAUGUAAAAAAUAAUGACGCUGGAAAAGUGACAGAAAAGAAGCAGAAAGUUGUGGACAAUAUAAGAGUUGAAGAACCAAUGGAGGUGUCAGAUUCUAGAAGCAGUACUCCUGAUAAUUCAUUUAAUAGUGCAACAAAAACUGGCAAAGCAGUCGGUCACGCUGCAAUGAACCAGCUUGGGCGAGUGACAAAUGUUUCAUCGUCAUUACAGGCAACUCUACUUCAGAUGCUUCAAGCUAAACAAAAUAAACCAUUAAAUUUAAGCACUGGGAAAGAUAGCAGCAACACCUCAUAGUGAUUUUUCAUCUAUAUACAAUAUGUUUAAACAGAUUUUUGUGGCAUUCUUAACUUUUUUAUUCAAAUUCUUAUUGUCUAUACUCAUUACAAGUUGCCAUUAUAAUCAUUUUUGUGUAUGAACUUUUAUGUCAGAUGAUUCAAAUGUUCUAUACAGUAGUUCUUUUCUUAAAAAGAUAUUAGGAGGAAAGACACUUAAAAAUUGAUAAAUAUUUAUGUAUUAAAGACAAUUAUUACUAACGUAAGAUAUUUUGUGAAAAGAUUGCAUUGGCACAAAUGUUAUUACAGUAGAACUUCAUCAAUGCUUCUGCUCACCUGUUCCUUAAUUUAUUAAUUCACGCUCAUCGCUGCCUUAAUGUACUCAUUAAAAAUCAUUUUUAUUUUAUACAUAAACCAAUUUUAAUGCAAAUGGUCUGUGCAAAAGCAUUUUGAUUGUUCAGUUAAAAUCAAAAUCCAUCAAAUGAGAAAGGAUUGAUUGAGUUAAUAAUCGUAAUAAAUACGGAAUAUAUUUUUUAUAAGUUGUGAAUGUGAUGAUAUGGUUGAAGACAUAUAAUCCAUUUGAAAAUUCCAGUAAAUAUAUCCAUGGCACCAUUUUGACUGCUUUGUUAAAUAUAUAUAUAUAUAUAUAUAUAUAGGUCUUUAAAGAUACAUACAUGUAUACCUAACAAGCUUACAUGCAAAAAGGGAAUUUUGUACAAGCAUAUUAAAAUCUGUGGCAAUAAAUGUAGGACUGAUGUCAACAAGAUAUUAUGUGUCCUAUAACCAGUAUCCAGUUAUUUUUUUUCUGUUUGUCAGAAAAUGGUGAAUAACGCAAUAUUUUGUGUGCUACAUCAUGUAUACAAAUCUCUUCCCUGAAGUUGUUUCAAAUUCUUUAACUGUUAAAGCUUAUACCUACAUUUCCUAAAGGUUUUAUCCUGAAGAUAUUGGAAAUGAUACGAAGAAAUGAUUUUGACAAAAUUAGAUUAUUGGUCUAAUUCUAGCCUGAAACAAUGCCAUGUCCAGGUUAAUGUAUUAAUAUUUCAAUUUAAUUUUCAUCAAUAGAUCCUUUUUACAGUUUAAAGCAAGCAACUUUUAUACUAUAAAUUCACUAGAAAAAGGAGUGGUGUAUAAUUUUUCCCGUAACAAAAACUUGAGUUAAACAAUUUGGCUCAACUAUCAUGACUUAUGUUUUUUGUUAUCUUUACACAAGUACUUUUGUUUUUGUUUUGAAAAAUUAUAAUAUUCACUUUCAGAUACAUAUUUGUUAAUUAAUUUAGAUUGUUUUUGGUACAUUUGCAUAAGAUUUACUGUUACUUAUGUAAUUAUAAGAUUUUUAUUAUGUUAAAAAAUAAAGAUGAAGUUAAGCUUUUUUUGUACAUGAGUACAGUAAACGAACGAAUUAUCACCUUCAAUGUGUCAUAGGAAGUCUACCAACCUUGGGAUCCUCACAUAACUAGUAAAUUUGCAACAUUUAUCAAACAAAUUUUAUUUUUUCUUAUAUUUGCCAUUUCCAUGAUUUCAUCAAUAUCAGUUGUAGCUUUGAUGGUUGCAAAUUAAUUUUUUGUGUAAUGCAUCAUGUUAGCAGAGCAAGUAAUUUGGAAAUUUGGAGCUACAUUGUAUUAAAUUU